AUGGAACUAGAACAAAAUGCUGAAAAGGCAAAGAUAAGAGAUAAUGAGCUCAGUACUAAAAUUGUGGAACUAGAACGGUCGACAAAAGAAAGUGAAAAACGAUUUGCGAAAUUGGAACAGAAGUCUAGUAAAGAUAAUGGUACUAUUCUCGAUCCCAUGUCUGAACAUAAUUCGACCCAGACCCAAAGGAGAGAAUCUAAAUCUCUAACAGAGCCUGAAUCGUCUAUUACCUCUUUGCCACAAGAUGUUAUUGAUGACAAUACAGCCGAGACUCUAGAUUUUGUAGAAACGGUUUAUAAGGAACAGGGAAACGCUCAAAUUCAUGUGGAAACUCGAAGCUCUGCUUCUCCUACUCCACAGACGGA